AUGAGAGAUGUUAAAUAUGGACAAAUUGUAAUUAUUGAUUGGGGAUUUUCUGUGUACAAGAACGAUGAGCAUCAACCCUUCAUGGGUGGCCUAGAUUGUGAUGCAGAUUAUGUUUUGAAAGCUAUAAACAAACAGCAACCUUUAAGAUAUCAACCUCAAUUUGAUUUAAUAAGUUUUGUUAGGACAUUUUAUAUGAAAUUACAUGGAAACGAUGGGAUUGCAAAGUUAGAUUUUGGUCAAGAAGGGAACAAUCAUAAAAAGAAAACACAUGUAGAGUCUGUUAUUGAAUUUUGGCAGGAGCGAUGUCGUAAUGGUGUAUGGAAAGGUAUUUUUGCAUAUGCAGAUGCUUACGAUUACUCUCAGUUGAUUUCAAAAUUAGAGGAAUUGUUUUGA